GUUGUUCUUUUCCGCUGUAAACUUUCUAAGUGGCUACUACUGAUGGAUGAUGGCUUGGCUCCAUCCAUAGGUUUCAACCUUCGAAUCUUUGACUAAGUGUUGGUGUUGAGCACAUCGUCUUUUGAUAGACAAACUUUCAUGCGAAUUAUCGCUGCAAAAGAAGGGUUACGUGGGAAACAGUUGUUUUUAAACAUUUUGACACUAAGCUUUAGGUUUUCUUUUAUUUUUGUUUUCCUUUGGUUUUCUUUCCUGGUCGCCAGCAGUUAGUGGGAGCCGGUUUCGAUCCUUCUCACAAGUACGUUUCGAACCACCAACAAAUUGUUGGCCGUAUUCUAGCGAAUCCAUCACCAAUUGAUUAAACUAGACCACAGAACGCUUCGGAAGCCAUGGCCGAUCAGCAACAGUACUUCCUCAAAUGGAAUGACUUUCAAACUAACAUGGUGACUUCGUUCCGGCACCUUCGGAACGAGAAGAGUUUCACAGAUGUAACACUGGCAUGCGAAGGGCAGACGUGCAAAGCGCACAAGAUGGUGCUAUCCGCUUGUAGUCCUUAUUUCAAGUCUCUGCUGGAGGAAAACCCUUCCAAACACCCUAUCAUCAUCCUGAAGGACGUGUCUUACAGCCACCUGCAGGCGAUCCUAGAGUUUAUGUACGCCGGCGAGGUCAACGUUUCCCAGGAACAACUGCCGACGUUUCUGAAAACCGCCGAUAGACUGAAAGUGAAGGGCCUCGCAGAGACCCCGACGAAUAUCAAGCGAGAGGGUUAAGCGAAGAUGAUGGCUACGGGGUGUGUUGUUGCGCUAGGCCGUAAUCUUUCGUUUUCGUUAUGUGCUACAACUGCUGUGCUCGCCUUAAAACAAAUUCGAUCGGUGAACCAAUUUCAAUUGGCAGUUAAUUGGCUCUAAACCAGACUCUCCAAUACUAGACCCAGCAGUGGACGGACAUUCGGAUCAUGGAAUUCCUAGAGCGAGAGCAACGAGCGAGCAGAGAAAAAUGUCGAAAGGUAAAUAUUUGCUUAACCAUUAUACCCAGAAACAUACGCAUAUGUUAAACGAAAGAUAGUGAGCGUGCGAACGUGCGUAUAGUAAGAAUAUUAAAGUUAAACUAUAAUUAUACAUGAAACACUAGCGGAAGUGAGGAACGAAGAACCAACAAUUCCGCGUCAAUUUUAGUUUCCACUACCGAUGAUAAAGGUAAAUUCCAAAAUAAUAAUGAACAUUGAAGACAAGAGCAGUUAUCUUCCUAUAAUUUUAUUCGGUUAUAUUUGAUUAAGGUGAGACGAUGCACUUUUUCAUUUCUUUGUGCAGUCGAAAUAUGGUUUAAUCAAGUACACUGGUCGUGCUUUGAUGGAAUGAAUAUUAAAGCAGAUAUUUUCUACUGUUUUUCUGAUUAGUGUUUGAAAGAAUAUGCGAUAAAUUAAUUGCAUACAAAAAUGCGAUGACAUAAAACAGUUUCAGCUUAUCUCUUCUAAGUUCGCUAAUCAGAAAAACCUAUCAGUAGAAGCCAAAUUUUCAGGACCAUUUGAGCCCUCUCAAUCUUCAAGUAAGUAAAGUUCCAGUUGUGCAGCUUUGAAAUCCAAAAUCACAAUUGGUACAUCAGUUUUAGUUGGAUCAGAUAUGCGUGUUUUCAGUGAGAGAGGAAAAAAUGUAAAUAUGAGAGAAUUGAUAAAUGGGGAAAUGUAUCAAUGCUAACUAAUUAGGAAAGGCGCACUUGAAAAAAUGCGAAAGUGCUGGCAAUUCAGAUAAACUUAUGACACGAGGAAGACCCACGCGGAAUAUAUACUAAAGAAUGGAUCAAUUUUAAAGUAGGAAAUAUAUAUUACUUACAAGUGCAUGAUUAUCUUCUUUAUUUUAUUUUUACAUAGGUUACCUUUCAUUUCUUAUGAAGUCACUUAAGUUUCACCGAUAAAAAAAUCAAAUCGAAUCAAUGUCCCUCAACUUCUUAUCGAGUAUAUAUUACGCAAUUUGGUUUAGACGUGUUUAAUGCUAUUACAUUAUAUUUUUUUGUUAGCACAAUUGUAUUUCACGAGACAGUAAAAUUUUGUAGGAAUUACAUUGAAAAAAAAA